GUGGAUCGAAGUCGGAGGUGGUGGAUCAGAAACGCAUAAACAAGGUUCAUGAUAAUCGAGUGUCACAUUUGUUGUCUCACACCGUCAACGGAAAGGGCAAAGCAGCGUCGAACUCCGUCACGAUAGGGAAGCAAUUGCAUGACCACAACAGCCGCAAUUCACGUUCUGCUUCCCUCUCCAAAGCCACCAUUUCCGACGGGGACAGGUGAGGAAGCCAUUGAAAUAGUAAACCUUCUUGCUCUUAAAGAGGGAUUGCUGGUGGGAAUAUCCUCUGGAGCAGCAGCAGCUGCUGCGUUGAAGGUUGCAAAGCGGCCAGAAAAUGGAGGCAAACUCAUUGCAGGAACUUCUAUGGAUGAGCAUGCUUUCAGGUUGAGAUUCUGGACACAAGCGGAGGGACACGGUUGGGAAAGCUUGAGAUAAUAUUCCAACAAAGUUACAUGUAAAAGUUGUAGCUGUUGAGGCAACCGGAAAGAGCUAAGACAGCUUUUCAGG